UGGAAGGUUUUAUUGUUUCCAAUGCCUACUUUUUUGUUCCUAAACCUUUUAUUUCUCAUUCAGCCAGCUUUUCAAAUACCAGAGACAGACACUUUUUUGAUAUACAAUGAAAAUCUUAAUCUUUGUCUACAACUUGAAGAAUCUCGUUCCUUCAUCUUCGAGAUCUGCAACAAGCAAAAUGAGUGGCAAAAUUUUAAGUGGGUUUCUGAUUAUCAGUUAUUGAGUAUGGCAGUGAAGUUAUGCCUGAGUGUGUCUUCAAAAUCAAACAUGGUUCCACUCACACUGGCACCAUGUAAUGAGACCACUGAAUUACAGAAAUGGGAAUGCAUAAAUGACACGCUUCUUGCCCUUCAAAACCAAGAUCUGUUUUUACAUCCUGCUAACGGACGUAGGGAUGGGAUUAUCCUUUCAAACAACUCCACCAUAAAAAGUGCUUGGAAGAUCUAUGGAAAAAAGGAGAGCCUGUGUGCCCAAAAAUAUGAAGCUCUAUUUACGAUAGAAGGCAACGCUUUUGGAGCUCCUUGUGUAUUUCCUUUCAAGUAUGUGAAUAAAUGGUAUGCUAAAUGCAUAGCUAAUGAUGAUGAACACAGCCGGCUUUGGUGUGGAACAACUCCAGAUGUGGAUAAAGACUCUUUAACUGGAUAUUGUCCAGUAAAAGAUGAACAUGAUGACUUUUUCUGGGUCAAAAAUCACUGGACAGGAGAUUUCUACCAGAUCAAUUCCCUUUCAGCUCUAACAUGGGGUGAAGCAAGAAAAAGCUGUCAGCAACAAAAUGCAGAAUUAUUGAGUAUCAUGGACCUACAUGAACUAGCAUAUGUAACAGGAUUAACAAAUGCUUUCGAAACCAAUUACUGGAUUGGUCUUAAUAAUCCGGAUAUUGGCAGUGGAUGGCAGUGGACUAAUGACCAACCUUUAAGAUAUUUAAACUGGGCUCCAGGUAGCCCAUCUUCAGAAACAGGAAAAAACUGUGGAUUGAUGCAGGCUAAGAAUGGCAGAUGGAUAAAUAAUAUGUGUGAAAAGAAAUCUGGAUACAUUUGUAAAAGAAUAAACUCUUCAGUUCAAGCUUCUGCAGCUCCUUCAGAUGACCUUAAGCCAAUUAAAUGUCAAGAUGGCUGGGUUGGAUAUGCAAAACAUUGUUACCGUCUUAAUAGAGAUCGCAAAACGUGGAAGGAUGCAUCAGCCUCCUGCCAAAAGUAUGGUGGACAUUUAAUAAGUAUACACAACAUUGAGGAAUACAGCUUUGUCUUUUCUCAGCUUGGCUACAAACCAACAGAUAAUCUGUGGAUAGGACUAAAUGACCAGAAGACUCCUUCAUAUUUUGAAUGGAGUGAUGGUACUACAGUGAGAUUCAUCAAAUGGCAGAAAGGAGAACCCACACUUAUAACCAACGUGCAAGAAGAUUGUGUCGUCAUGAGUGGAGAGAAUGGAUACUGGGCAGAUAAUUUCUGUGAAGAGGAACUAGGGUACAUUUGUAAAAAAGAGCCUUCAGAAUUCCUUCCUGAAACAGAUGUUGUUGCUGAUCCAAAAUGCCCAAAAGGCUGGAAAAGGUAUGGUUUGUAUUGUUACUUAAUUGGACAGAUACCUGGAACGUUUGCAGAGGCAAAGACAUCAUGUGAAACAAACCAAGGAUUUCUGAUCACUGUGGAGAACAGAUAUGAGCAAGCCUUCCUGACUAGCCAAAUUGGACACCGUUCCGAAACGUAUUUCUGGAUCGGCCUCUCAGAUGUAGCAAAUCCAGGGACUUUCAACUGGACCAAUGGAGACCCCGUUCAGUUCACUCACUGGAACGUAGAAAUGCCUGGCCCAAAUCCCGGCUGCGUUGCCAUGAGAACGGGAAAUGCAGCUGGACUGUGGGAUGUCGUGAACUGCGAGGAGAGGGCCGCCUUCCUCUGCAAGCAAUUGGCUGAAGGGAUAACGCCUCCUCCAAUCCCGAGAACAACGCCCCCACCCCCGUGUCCCAAAGGAUGGGUUGCAAGUCCAGUGAGGGAUGUCUGCUUCAAAGUCUACAGAGAGAAGAAAGCUGAAAAGAAAUCUUGGUAUGAUGCAUAUGACUUUUGUAAAUUAAUUGGAGGAGACCUGGCUUCUAUUCAUAGUAGAGCAGAGGAAGACGUAAUACGCCAAGAAUCAGGAAUAGGAGAAACCUGGAUUGGUUUCAGGUCUUUGGAUCCUAGCACAGGAUUCACUUGGAGUGAUGGGUCUCCUGUAGUCUAUGAACCAGCGUUUGGUUGGUCUUCAGUUUAUGGAUCUAAUGAACAAUGCAAAAUAUUAUGGAGACAUCCUGGAUUCUGGAAUGCAGUGUUUUGUCAUAAGUUAUUUAAUUGGAUUUGUCAAAUUACAAGAGGUUCACACUUAAAUCCAGAACCAAGCAACAAGUUUGACUAUAGUUACAAAACAAUUGAAGAUGGCUGGAUUGGAUUUGAAAGCAAUGAAUACUAUUUCAGUAAUACAACACUGCCUGCAGAAAAAGCCCGGAAGUUCUGCAAACAACAUGGUGGUGAUCUUACCACCAUUGACAGUAAACAUGAAAAAGUGUUUUUGUGGAAAUAUGCUUUCACUUAUGGACUUCAUCAUGAUUCUUAUAUUGGUUUAAUCUUGAGUCUUGACAAAAAGUUUGGCUGGAUGGAUGGAACUCCAGUAACAUAUGAAGCCUGGGGCCCCGGUGAACCCAACUUUGCAAAUGAUGAUGAAAAUUGUGUAGUUAUGUAUUAUGAUUCAGGUGUAUGGAAUGAUAUCAACUGUGGUGUUCAGAAUGGUUUCAUCUGUGAAAGACACAAUAGUUCUGUUCGUACAACUGCGGCUCCCACAUUACCUGCACCUCAGAAAGGGUGCGCUGAAGGCUGGCUUUGGUUUAAUGACAAGUGCUUCCAAAUAUUUGGGUUCAGAGAAGAGGAGAGGAAAAACUGGAGUGCUGCACGUGAUUACUGCCAAAAAUUAGAAGGAAACCUGGCUAGUAUACCAAACAAAGCUGUUCAAGCUUUUCUCACAAUGCAUUUAAAAAGUGCUCCUGCUGAUUCUUGGAUUGGAUUGAAUGAUAAGAAUUGGGAGAAUCGUUUCCUCUGGACUGAUGGAAGUGGGGUCUAUUUUACAAACUGGGCUAAAGGGUCACCUCAUAUAAGCAACGGUGACUGCGUUUUUAUGAUGAGGAAGCCUGAAAAGCUUGCAGGAUAUUGGAGAGAUGAACGCUGUUUUGUUGAGAAAAGCUUUAUCUGCCAAAAAAACACUGGUCCAUUACCUUACUCUGAAACAACUGUUCCAGCUUCUGGCUAUAUCACUUAUGGGAAUAGCAGCUAUUCUAUUAUUAGUCCCAAAAUGACAUGGGAAGAAGCAAGGAAGAAAUGUGAGUCCGAACAUUCAAAACUUGCCAGCAUUGUAGAUCCCUACACAGAAUCAUUCAUAUGGCUACAAGUGCUCAAAUAUAAGGAGCCUGUAUGGACUGGACUAAGCAGCAAAGUGAGUGAUGCUGUGUACAAGUGGGUAAGUAAUUGGAGACUAGUGUACACUAACUGGGCUGCUGAAGAACCGAAGCAUAAAAUAGCCUGUGUCUACUUAGACAUUGAUGGUUAUUGGAAAACGGGAAAUUGCAGUGAAAAGUACUUCUCUGUUUGCGAGAAAUAUUAUGGUAUAGUGCCAACUGAGAUUCCACAAUUGCCAGGAAGAUGCCCACCUUCCAAAGAUAGCCAAUCAUCCUGGAUUCCUUUUAGGGGUCAUUGCUAUAAAUUUUACCCUUUAAGGAAAUCUUGGCCUCAAGCAUCCCUGACAUGUGCUCAAUUAGGUGGCACCUUGACUUCGAUUGAAGAUUCAGCUGAAUUACAUUUUUUAAAGGAACGAAUGGAACUUCUUGAAUCUACAGAGUUUUGGAUAGGAUUGUACCACAAUGUGGAUGGAGAAUGGAUAUGGCAAGAUAAAAGUAAAGUAGCUUUUGUCAACUGGAAUGAAGAACAGUUCUCAAAUGAUCACAGAGAAUAUAGUAGUGAAGAGAGCAAUGAGCACCUUCUUGACCGCUGCUUUUUCAUGAACAGUAUUUCUGGAGAAUGGUUCAAGGCAUCCUGUGGAAAUUAUCCACCGAGAGGAUUUAUUUGUAAAAGAAACAAAAUUAUUGAAGAACCAAUUAUAAAGCCUACAGAAAAAUCAGAACAGAAAAAAAAGGCACCUGUAUCAGUGCAUGGCACAGUUGUGAUGGUACUUAUCCCAGUUAUCUUCAUACUCAUUGGAGGAAUCGCAGCCUAUACUUUCUAUAGAAGAAGAAACAGACCACAACAAGUCUCUGCUGGAUUUGACAAUUCUUUGUAUAGUGACAAUGUGGUUAUCCUUCAUAAUGACUCACAAUCUCUCAUAGACAACAAAGAAUUAAAUUAACAAAUAUUACUGGCAUAUUACCUGAGGAUAAGGCCCAUUGGACACAAUACAAGGUGGUGAAUUGCACUGUUAAUAAAUUCUUUAAAAUAUUUGGAAAAUAUUAGACCCUAUCAACAAUAUGUAUUGUCCAGACCCAUGAUAUGAAAAGUAUUGAAUAUAUUACAGUUACUGAGUGAA